CACUGCAGCUCCACCAGCAGCCUCAAAGUGCACUCUUCUAAACAGCUUCCAACCAGGCUUUGUGUUUCAGGGUGACUAUGUCAUUGGUGGGAUUUACCCCAUUCAUUUUAAUCUGAAAAUGCCAGACCUUAACGGCACCUACAGACCACCACCGAUCAAUUGCAAUGGAUUUGAUCCCAGGGCUUUCCGGUGGGCUCAGACUAUGAGACUGGCAGUGGAGGAGAUAAACCAGAAUCCAGUGCUGUUGCCGAAUCACACACUGGGCUACAAAAUAUUUGAUUCAUGCGGAUUUUCAUUGACAGGACAGAGAGCUGUUUUAUCGAUGCUAAAUGGAGUGAGUGAGGAAAACUCUGUUAUGUGCACAAAUGCCUCAUCACUCCUCGCUGUGAUUGGGGAAUCUGGAUCUGCUCAGUCUAUUGUUCUGUCAAGAAUCCUGCAGCCAUUCAGGAUCCCCAUGAUCAGCUACUUUUCUUCAUGUGCAUGUUUGUCAGAUAGACACAAAUACCCAACCUUCUUCAGAGUGAUUCCUAGUGAUGACUACCAGGUGAAAGCCAUUGCACAGCUGCUGGUGCACUUUAACUGGACUUGGGUGGGGCUGCUGCGAGGAGACCGUGAAUAUGGUCGCUUUGCUUUUCAAGGUUUACUGAGAGAAUUACAGGGAACCAAAGUAUGUGUAGCGUACCAAGAAAUUAUUCCUCUGCUCUACAAUCACCAGACGGCACUAAAGAUUAUCAAGGUGAUGCGUAGCUCUAAUGCAAAAGUGGUGGUGGUAUUUGCAGAUGAGGGAGAGAUGACACCUUUCUUAAGGGACUACAUGACUCAGAACAUCACUGGAAUCCAGUGGGUGGCGAGUGAAGCCUUGGUCACAGCAUCAGUCUUUUCAGGGAGAGAGUAUUACCCUUACUUGAGAGGAACCAUAGGGUUUGGCAUCAGAAAAGGUCAUAUCUCCACACUGGGUGACUUCCUGCAGACCGUAAGCCCUCAAAGAUAUCCUGACAAUGUGCUGAUGCCACCCUGCUCAGGGCAGGAGUCUCUGCUGGAACAGCACUCAGCCUACAUGAAUACAUCCAGCCCUAGAGUCGCCUAUAAUGUCUAUAAGGCUGUAUAUGCCAUUGCUCAUUCCCUGCACAACCUCAUUCUCUGUCAGCCAGGGAGGGGGCCUUUCCGGAACAACUCAUGUGCUCAGAGCAACAACAUACACCCUUGGCAGCUACAACACUACCUCCAGGAAGUGAACUUUCAGAUUGGUGGGGAGGAGGUGGACUUUGAUGCCAAGGGUGACUCUGUACCCUAUUAUGAUAUCAUCAACUGGCAGAGAGGCACAGAAGGAAACAUUGAAUUUGUCAAUGUGGGUUUGUUUGAUGGAACCAAGGCUGUUGGAGAGGAGCUGUUGAUCCAGGAGGACAGGAUAAUGUGGGCAGGACAUCAGAGUGAGGUGCCAGUGUCUGUGUGCAGUGCCAGUUGUCUUCCAGGCUCCCGGAAGGCUGUCCGUCGUGGGGAGCCUAUCUGCUGCUUUGACUGUGUACCAUGUGACAGCGGCAAAAUUAGCAAUCAGACAAACUCAGUAGAUUGCACAAUUUGUCCUGAGGACUUCUGGUCAAACAACGACAGAACAGCCUGCAUCUCCAAGAAAGUGGAGUACUUGACCUUCGAUUCAUUAGGAAUAGCCCUGACAGUGAUGUCUGUGGUCGGCGCCUGCUUCACUCUGGCUGUCUGUGGAGUCUUCUUCUGUUACAGACACACAGCCAUCGUCCGUGUGAAUAACUCUGAGCUCAGUUUCUUCAUACUAUUUGCACUUACACUAUGUUUCCUCUGUUCUCUGUUUUUCAUUGGAAAGCCAACAUAUUGGUCCUGCAUGCUGCGCCACACAGCCUUUAGCAUCACAUUUUCACUGUGUAUUUCCUGCAUCCUGGGGAAGACCCUGGUGGUACUGGCUGCAUUCACUGCCACCAGGCCAGGGCACAACAUCAUGAAGUGGCUGGGGCCUAAGCAGCAGAGGACCAUUAUCUCCAGCUGUACUCUGGUUCAGGUGGUUAUCUGUGCUGCCUGGCUCAUUGAUUCUCCCCCAUUUCCAUCCAGAAAUACACAAUAUGAACAUUCAAAGAUCAUACUGGAGUGUAGUGUGGGCUCUAGCCUGGCUUUCUGGUGUGUUCUUGGAUAUAUUGGAUUACAGGCCUGUCUGUGCUUUGUAUUGGCUUUUCUGGCUCGAAAGUUGCCAGGAAACUUCAACGAGGCCAAGUUCAUCACAUUCAGCAUGCUGAUCUUCUGUGCUGUGUGGCUAGCAUUCAUCCCUGCUUAUAUCAGCUCCCCAGGAAAUUAUGCAGAUGCAGUUGAGUCAUUUGCCAUCUUGGCCUCCAGCUUUGGCUUAUUGUUCUGCCUGUUUGCUCCAAAGAGUUACAUUAUUUUACUGAAGCCUGAAAAGAAUACAAAACAGCACCUGAUGGGGAAAGAAAAGAAAUGAUCAAACACAAAUGAACUUAAAGAUAUUGAAUCAGUAGCAAAUAGACUUGUAGAUUUCUUCCAGUGAAUUAAGGAUAACUAACCACUACUACUACUCUCAGCUCCCAGUCCAAUGCUGCGGUGAGAAGGCCGGCUGCUGAAUGGGAUGUGACUGACGCUGCUCUGAAGCCCAGACAAAGGUGAUGUUCCUCUUGCAUGUUGCCUGUUGGUGUUGUGGUGAGCUACGGCUUUGAGGAUGGCUUCAGCAGCUGCCUCAAGCACCUGGUCAUGCUGCUAGCGUUAGCGACCCUCCCCCAGUGCUUUUGAGCAGCUGCUGCCGAGGAUGUGCUCAAGUAACCCUAUCUCAGAGCACAGAGAGCACAGAAAUUAGCACCAAAUCCUGCUUGCCCCGUAGUCACUGAGCCCACGAGAGUUCUGUGUCUCAAUCGAGAGUUGGCUGCCUCCAGGCUUUCCUUGGCUUUCCACUUCCUGCCAGUCUGUACAGUACCAGAGGUAGGACGCCAUGCUGGUAAAUCUACACCUUAAAUCUCCUGGAUCAUUUCAACAAUCUAUAAAUGUGUCAGUGUCAGCCGUCAUCAUCCAGUAACACAUGUGUUACGCACAGAAUAAACAGACAGAGCUCACUGAGUUACUCCAUGUAAGGAUUCAUGACUGUUGCUGAUUGUGUUGUGGAAGUUGGGGAGAGAGGAAGAGGAGAAGAUACCAGUGUGCCGGUGUCUCAGGUGUAUUGAAGUCUCAGGUGUGCUGAAGUCUCAGGUGUGCCGGUGUCAAUAAUAACAAUAAUUCAUGUUUGUCACUGUAGAAACAUUAAUAAUAUUAUUUUGAAACACUAUGAUAAGUUUCAGAGCUUAAUAUUGCAGUGUGUCCACCUGCCAAGGGUUUGCGAUCCGCAAAGUUCCAUGCCAGGUACAUUUAUAUACAUGCUGUGCUUUUGUGCGUACAGAUGGUUUAUACAUGAGGCCCCAGCACUUUAACUCUGAACUUCUUUGAACUUAAAUAAAUAAACACAUGUGUUUUGAUGUCUUAACUGCACAUGUUGCCUUUCUUUUCUCCCCCCGGUGUAUUAUUGUUGUUUUCAUUGUCCCUUCAUCUCCUAAACCAAAGCCAGGGACAUAACAAUGACACUAAACAAAAUCUAUUUAGAAUGAAAAAUAUAUUGAGGCUGCAGUAACAAGACCCCAACAUUCUCUGAGAUUGUUUUUAUAUUAUUGUUUUUCAUUAUUUUCGUACUAUGAAUAUGUGAGUAUAGGUGUAGGUCAUGACACUCGUGAUGUCACGGGGUCACCUGCUUAGGGACUGUUUUUUGUUUAUUUUUGUGUUGAUCUGCCUUCACUAACUCUCUUGUCAUUGCAGAUCUUGCCACUCACGUGAAAUGGCAGCUGAAGCUCAGAGGGGAUCAGGCUUUUGCUGAAAAAAUCUCUUUUAAAGACUCACCUGUUCUCCUUUGCAUUUGAGGCAGUGUGAGUCUGUUAUAAUAAUA